UUUUAAGAAUGCAUGGUUUCAUAUAUGUAUAUAUAUUAUUAUAUAAAUAAGUUUAAGUGCUAAAUAUAUAACUGCAAACCAGUAAAAUAAAAUGACACGCACAUCGUUUUUUUAUUUAUAUAUACACAUAAAUAUAUGUUAAUAUAUAUAUAUUGUUCAGGAACUAUUGUUAAUUAAGCACGUAUGUCCGCUAAGAUUAAGAGUUUCAUAAGUCUAAUUAAUUAUAAUAGAAACUGCAAAAUAAUAAUAAUAAUUUCAUCGGGGAUUUGGAUCCGAUUUUUAUUCCACAAACUCUCCAAUUGUGUCAUUAAAAGAUGCAAAUUCAUUCAUGUAUUAUAAAUAACGUACGGUUGGAAACUAAAGCUAAAUUUAGUAAGUUAUCAUUUUGAGUACAUGUUACAACCUAUCAAAAAACCCAUUCUUUCUCAACAUCAUUGGUUUUUAACAACCUAUUCUUCUUUCGAUCUUAGGACUAAUAAUGGAAAAACUAAAGACAAAACAUGCAAAACAAAGACAACCAUUCAUACAAAACUAAAAAAGAUAAAUAAAUAAAACAUCACAAUUUUUUCUCCUCUCUUUCUUGCCUGGUCUGGUCUCUUGAUCCAGGUAAGGCUCUGUAAAUGAAAGUUCAAGUUGCUUUGAGUGGUAAGCUAGAGAGAACUUAGUUAUCAUAUCCCCUAUAAUAAAAGAUCAUAUAACAUAUAGCAAAAGAAGCCAAAAAGCCAAAUUGAUAUUGGGGCGUACAGGAAGACUUUCCCAAAGAUACACCUUUUAUUUCUGUCUUUAUCAGGGCAUUUCGUUUUCCUGUACGCCAUUUUCAUGGUCGACCUCUGUUUAUGUCUUCCUUCAUUCCGUUUAACCAUGAAUAUCAAAACCCACAAAUUGUCUUUCCUUGUUUUCCUUUAUGUUCUCCUCAACUCCUUCCAUGGCUCCAUCUCUGAGUCAGAUUCAUUGAUAUUGGGAUGUGGCACUGAAAAUACAGCCAAAGAUGCAGAUGGGAGGAACUGGGAGCCUGAUACUAAAUUCAUCAAUGGAGAAAAUACAAUUUCCGUUAGAGCACAGUACCAAGACCCUUCUCUUCUUUCUGAAACUCCAUACAUGACAGCAAGGAUCUUCACCUCCAAGGUAACUUAUAAGUUCCCUAUCAAACCCCAAAAAAGGUAUUGGCUUAGACUCCAUUUUUACCCUUCAGUUUACGGUAGCAACAAUGCCGAGGAGUCUUAUUUCAAUGUCAUUGCGAAUGAUUUAACUCUAUUGAAAAACUUCAGCGCUUCUCUCACGUGUAAGUCUCUUACACAAGCUUAUAUAAUGAGAGAAUACACAUUAGCUCCAUCUGCCUCUGAUUUUCUGAGUCUCACCUUUGAGCCAGCUGUUGGUUUUGCUUUUGUGAAUGGUAUUGAGCUAAUUAUGGUACCUGAAUUGUUCGACACUGUUUCAGUCAUGGGAUUUUCAGACCAGACCUUAGAUGCCAAGACCACAAAUAUGCAGACUAUGUAUAGAUUGAAUGUUGGUGGUCAAUAUAUUUCUCCAACCAAUGACUCUGGUUUAACCAGGACAUGGUAUGAUGAUUACCCUUAUUUGUAUGGAGCUCAAUCUGGGGUGUCAAUUGAGGCUAGCCCAAAUGUAAAGAUUAAUUAUAAAGAAGUACCUACCUUUGCAGCCCCAACUGAUGUUUACAGGACAGCUAGAUCAAUGGGAGGCACAAAAGAAAUGAACUUGAAUUACAAUCUCACUUGGGUUUUCCAGCAAAUUGAUCCAAACUAUAUGUACCUUGUGAGAUUACAUUUUUGUGAUUUUAAAUACUCCAAACCUAAUGAGAUUGUUUUCAAUAUCUUUCUCAACAAUAAAACAGCUCAAUCUGGAGCUGAUGUUGUUGGUUGGUCUGGAGGAAAGGCUGUGCCUACUUAUAAAGAUUAUGUUGUGUAUGUUACUGAUGGAAAGGGAGAUGAGGAGCUUUGGGUAGCUGUGAACCCUGCAACUGAAACAAAGCCUGAAUACUAUGAUGCAAUAGUUAAUGGCAUUGAGAUAUUCAAGAUGGAAGCUAAGAAAAACUUGGCUGGUCCGAACCCAAAGCCUUCUGAGAUGUUGGCUAAGAAUGAGCAACAACAAAAGGCCUUUCAAAGUAAGACAAAUCAUGCCCAAGUCAUUGGUGGAGCUGCUGGAGGAGCUGCAGCCGUUGGUAUAAUGGCUGCAUUGUGCAUUGCAGUUUACCAAAGGAAGAAGAGGUAUACUGGUACAGAUUCACACACUUCAAGUUGGCUUCCUAUAUAUGGAAACUCCCAUACUACUGCCAGCAAAUCAGCAAUCUCUGGCAAGAGCACUGCCAGUAGCCACCUCUCAGCUACUGCUCAAGGUCGUUGCAGGCGUUUCUCUUUUAUGGAAAUGAAGAAGGCCACCAAGAGUUUUGAUGAGGCUAAUGUCAUUGGUGUUGGAGGGUUUGGAAAGGUCUACAAGGGAAUUAUAGAUGCAGGGAUCAAAGUUGCCAUUAAGAGAUCAAACCCAUCUUCAGAACAAGGAGUUCAUGAAUUUCAGACCGAAAUUGAGAUGCUUUCAGAGUUAAGACACAAGCAUUUGGUCUCUCUAAUUGGCUUCUGUGAGGAAGAUAAUGAAAUGUGCUUGGUUUAUGACUACAUGGCUCUUGGCACACUUAGGGAACAUCUGUACAAGGGUAAUAAACCUCACCUUUCAUGGAAGCGUAGGCUUGAACUUUGCAUUGGAGCAGCGAAAGGUCUUCACUAUCUUCACACAGGAGCCAAAUGGACUAUCAUUCACAGGGAUGUCAAAACAACAAACAUUCUCUUGGAUGAGCAUUGGGUUGCUAAGGUUUCUGAUUUUGGCCUCUCCAAAACUGGACCAGAUAUGAGCACUGGCCAUGUUAGCACGGUGGUAAAGGGAAGCUUUGGAUACUUGGAUCCUGAAUAUUUUCGAAGACAACAACUGACUGAAAAGUCAGAUGUUUACUCAUUUGGGGUUGUCCUGUUUGAGGUGUUAUGUGCAAGACCAGCUUUGAAUCCAAGCUUACCAAAGGAACAAGUUAGUCUUGCUGAUUGGGCUCUACACUGCCAAAAGAAAGGGACUCUGGAAGACAUUGUUGAUCCUACUUUGAAGGGAAAAAUCCACCCUGAAAGUAUGAAGAAAUUUGCAGAUACAGCUGAGAAGUGCUUGUCUGACCAUGGAAUGGACCGUCCCACUUUAAAUGACAUACUGUGGAACCUCGAGUUUGCCCUUCAAUUGCAAGAAAAUAUGGACGGUUCAAGCCAUUCUUCAAAGCGUGGCGGCGAGACCAGCUCUGAGGAUGGUAGUCUAAGACAUCAGAAUAUGGCAAUGCAUUAUAGCAACUUGAGCCUUGGAAGUGACAGCGAGCUAGGAAGUGAUGACACUUCUGGGCAAAAUUCUACUGCAGUCUUUUCUCAGAUUGUUAAUCCAAGAGGACGAUAGAGUAUGUUGUUGAUGGUGAUUGCUAUGCUACUAAAGAAGGAUCAAUCAGAUUAAAUAAAAAAAAAAUCAGAUGCAUAGAUUACUUGCUCGUUGUUUGCAAUAUUUCUUUUGAUUUUCUUCCUUUUUUUUUCUUCAUUUUUUUUGGUAUUUUGUCAUUUAUUUCAUUUUAGCAUCAUCUAUUGGAUAGGAUAAACAUAAAUAGCACUACAAAUUCAUGUUUAUUCUGCCUGGUGUUUCUAAAUGAUAAAACUAAUAUUUAUA